UUGUUUCCCUCCUCCGUCGCCAUUGAAGCUUAAAAGGAGUUCGUGUUCCUUCACUGGUCUCAACAAUGACUACUUCAAGACGUGUAGCUGACAGGAAAGUUGCAAGAUUUGAGAGGAACAGUUUAAAGAAAUCCUCGUCCAAGAAAGGAUACCCUGUGGGCCCUAUUGUUCUUGCCUUCAUUAUUUUUGUGGUCGUCGGUUCCUCUCUGUUUCAGAUCAUUAGGACUGUUAAGAGUCGUGGAAUGGCAUGAGCACUGAGGAGUCUAGAAGACUAUGGCUUAUAAAUUUGUAUCUGCAAUAGUAUCUUAUUUCCAUUGAAUCACCAUGGCAACAUCUUUACUAUUAUAAUAGUCCAACUAAAUAGUUUAAAAAAUAGGUCGCAUUGAUCACUACUUGUGAACACUGCAACUUUGUAUAUGUUUGAUGAUUUAUAUAUGAUGUCAAUAUAUGCAUUAUUGAGUU